ACACCAAAGAAAACUUCUGCUUUUUUGUUUAACAAAGAAUCUUGUUUUUAUUGAAUUCUAGAAUAAGAGAGAUUACAAAAGAAGUGAACAGCCAACUUCUUUGCUGGUUGAAGUUCUGCUCUUGAUUCUUGAAUCUUUUGUUUAAGAAGACAGCGCGUAUUAAUUAUUAGUAUUCUCAUUUCUUUACCAAUUUUGAGUUCUGAAGAAAAUGGGCACAACAUUGUUCACUGGCUGUAGUAGCUUUUCAUGGAAAUGUCAUCAGCAAGUAGCUCCUUCUUGCAGUCUUGCUCAAUCUUCACCAGAAAAUGGAGUUUCAAGCGUGAAAGCUGUCCCCGGUUCAAGAGGAAUUGCCUUGGCUGAUAAGGAGAAAGAGGAGUCCUGGGAGAUUUUGAGUAGACGACGAUCAAUUUUGGUUUCUGGGAUUUCUCUCGCAUCAUCGAGUGUAUUGGGAUUUCCAGGAGAGGGAUUGGCAGUGGUCAAACAAGGUCUUCUAGCAGGGAGGAUACCUGGCUUGUCUGAGCCAGAUGACCAAGGUUGGAGGACAUACCGCAGGCCAGAUGACAAGUCCGGAGGGCAUGGAGUUGGAUGGAGUCCUAUCAUCCCUUAUGCCUUUUCAGUACCUCAAGAAUGGGAAGAGGUUCCUGUAUCAAUUGCGGAUUUAGGUGGUACAGAGAUUGACUUGAGGUUUGCUAGCUCAAAGGAAGGACGAUUGUUUGUCAUUGUUGCUCCAGUUCUGAGAUUUGCUGACAAUCUUGGUGACAAUGCCACAAUUGAAAAGAUCGGGCCUCCAGAAAUUGUGAUUAAUGCAUUUGGACCAGAGGUGAUUGGUGAAAAUGUAGAAGGAAAGGUGCUAAGCAUUAACACGGCAGAACAUGAUGGCAGAAUGUAUUACCAGUAUGAGUUGGAGCCACCUCAUGCACUGAUCACAGCAACUGCAGCCGGUAAUCGCCUUUACCUAUUCAGUGUAACAGGAAGUGGUCUUCAAUGGAAAAGGCAUUACAAGGAUUUGAAGAGGAUAGCGGAGUCCUUUCGUGUUGUCUAGUGUGGACCUCCCUGAAUUGUGACAUCAGUACGAAAUUAGAGUUGGAUAUUUUUCCUUUCUAUGUAAUUUAUAAUGACAAGAAAAACAAAGAGAAGAAAAAGAGUGUAUUUGCAGCACAACUCCAAAAUGUGCAAAAUUAUAGAUUUCACUUGCAGAAAAUCCACUAUCAUCGUAUUACAUCCAUCACUCUGAUCUUCAUGGGUCAGUAGUAAUAAAUCCAAAACUUACUGCUGCCAAUUACAUGUCAUGGAGUCGGGCUUUCUUGCUUGCACUCUCAAUUCGCAAGAAGAGGGAAUUUAUUGAUGGAACAAUCAAAUAACCAAAUGAGGCAGAUCCAUUGUUUGAAGACUGGUCUAGAUGCAACAGUUUGAUAGUUACCUGGUUGCUUGAGUCAUUGACACCUGAGAUUGCAUCGAAUGUCCUUUACAUGGACUCAGCCAAAGAAAUCUAGGAGACAUUGAAGAAUCGGUUUUCUCAACCAGACAAGACCAAAAUCUGUAAUCUUCAGUUUCAAUUGGGAAAUAUUUUGCAAAGAACAAGGUUAG